AUGGACUCGCAAUUAAUUAAUUAUCCAAAUAGAGAAAAACCUGAUGAAAAUCUGAAUAUAAUGGAUAUGUUAGAUCAAAAAAGACAGCUUUUAAUACAAAUUAAAGGUGUUAAAUCAGAAAUAAUUGAACUAGAAAAAGCAUAUAAACAGCAAAUUUAUAAAACAGAAUCGUUAUUACUUCAAAACUCGCCAUCUCAGAAAGAAGAUGAGUAUUCAUAUUCAAAUAAAGUACUUUUAUUAGAAAAUAUACUUAAAACAGAAAAUAGUCAAUUUAAAAUUUCCAAAAAAUCAUUUACAGACGAUUUAAAAGAUGCAUUAGCCAAUGAAAUCAUAGAAUACAAGCAGUUAAUACGAUCAAGUUCGCGCGAAUACAUUAAAAAACGAAAUGAAUUUUUAAAAGUUCAAAAUUCGAUCGAUCAAAUACAUAAAAACUCAAACAUAGAAAUGGUUGAAACACAGAAUAUUAUUAUUGAUGACUUAAAAGAUGAGUUAUCCCUAUUAAAAAGCAAAGAAUUAAAAUUUCAAGAAGAAUUAAAGAGUUUAGUUACAGAUUCCAUUACACCCGACUACGAUGGUGUUGAAUACGCAAACUUAUGUGAGCAAUACGAGAAACUAAAGUACUACCACACUAAGAAAUUACUUGCAAAGAAAGAUUUAGAGAAAAGAAACAAAAAAGAACUUGAAAAAGCUCUGGAAAGGCAAAGAGAAAUCAAUAGAGAGAUCAAUGAGAGAGCUGAGAGAGAAAGAUUCAGAACAAUGAUGAAAAGCAGGAUUUCGUCAUCAAAAAUGUCCAGAAGAGAGAGCAGAGCAAUUGAAUUUCUUGAAAAUCAGAAGAAGUCAAAACUCCAACAAAAGGAAACGAUAAGUUAUGAGUUGAAUCAAGAUGAACCAAUAAUUGAUAGUGAAUCAAAGAUUUUGAGCGAUAAAAUUUUGGGUCAUGAAAUUCCAAGCAAAAAAUCUGAAAAACCAAAAGAAAAAUCAGAUACUUCUAUUGAAAAAGUCGAAAUCCCUAAGAAUCAGCCUGAAAAAGGGGAAAUUCAAAUUUCAUCAAAUGAAUUACCAGAAAAGAUCGAAUCAAUACAACCAAGGACAAAUGAACAAGAGAAGCUAUCUCAAAAUGAGUCACUAAAUCCAACAGAAGAAAAAGUUCAAGAAAUUAUUCUUUCCAAGCCAGAAGAAACUCAGCAAGUUAUAGUAAAAGAACAAACAGAUGUUAGUUCCAAACCACAGAAUGUUAUUGAUGAUAAUGAAAUCAAAUCAUUUGAAAUUCCAGAACAAAGAGGGUCAUCAAUUAAAGUUCAAGAAGAGACUGAUAAACAAGUUACAAUAGUAAUGCCUGAUGAACAAAUUAUUGAUGUAGUUGAAGAAAACUCGGAAAUAAACACUUCAAUUCCAGAAAAAGAACCAGAAACACAAGAAAUGGAUGUAUCAUCCAAUAAUGAACAAAUUGAUAACGUAAAUGUUCAAAAAGAGCAACCAGCAUCUCAAAAUGAAAGAGAUGAAAUAAUUUUAGAAGAUUCGGCUCCAAUUAAUGAGAAAGAAGAUGAGGAACCGAAGAACAUGAUUGAUGAUACAGAGAACAUAGACUUAUCACUAAAUAUAAUUGAUGAAAAAAUAGAUGAGGCAGAUUUAGAUCUUAAAACCAGAGACAUUAAGGAAAAGAUUGAGCAAAGUCAACAAACAGAAGAUAAGCAAACUGAAAAUACAACUAAUCUGCAGAUAGAGACAGAAACACCCAAAAUUGAAAAUUUACCAAAUGAAGAAAGAUCAAAUGAUACUGUAAAAGAAGAAAAUAAUGAGACAACUAAUAUAAUAGACCAAAAAUCCAUAGAAACAAAGCCUGAACCUGAAAAAAUUUCCAAUGAAAAUUUAGAUCAACAAAAUCAAGAGGAUUUAGCCAUUACCAAUGCAACUGAUAAAGAUAUAGUAAACCAAAAUGAUACAGAAGAAAAGGAAAAAAUUGAGAUAAUUUCUCCAUCAAAAUUGAAUCUGAAAAUAGACGGAAUAAUAUCCGAAUCUGAUGAGUCUGUAGGCACUAUGCUUACAAUCGAGCCAGAAAAGGAUAUUCCAGAAAUUAUUGAUCAAAAAUCUGAACAGACAGCAAAUAAUGACAGUUCAAAUGCAUCUGCUAACUCCAAUGAAAGUAAUAAAGAGCAUAGAGUGAAGUUUAUUAAUCUUGGAGGCCUUGGAAAACCGUCAAAAUUAAGAAGAACGAGAUCAAGGCCAAAAGUUGUAUACGAGAUAUCAUUUACAGAUGACUUUGUUGAAGCAAUUGAUUUUAAAUAA